GCAAGGCCUUCACCCCCGAUGCGUCCCAGGAGCCCUGCAAUCGUGGCAGCCCCAGCCACCGUCUAAGAACGUGGACGAGUUAGGAGUCAAGUAUGGGAGAUUCUCCAGCGGAUACUGCAGGCAGAUCCACAGACCCGUUUUGCAAAGCUAUUCAGACGGAGCUGGCCGAAAGAGUGGCUGCUAUCCAUGUCGUGGUCGGCCCCGGCGUGGCAAACCAGAACGGCCAGAAACCAGCAGAAGAGGAUGAGGUUGCGUUCUCUAAAGCUGAAGCUGACGGGAACCAAAAGAACGGCGUCGACAUGGAUUUGGGGGCCGCCGAAGAACUGGACGGAGCUCACGAACUUCAAGCCCCCAAGAGGGCUCCCACGAGGCCUGGCCUCUCCGGCAGGAAGUUCUCUUUGCAAGAAAAGCCAGCUGGAAACUACUUGGCUUCCACUGACGCUGCAGCCUUCGGUCCUUACGCCACCGGACCCUCCACGCACAUCUCGCCACGUAUCGUGAGGAGGCCUACGAUAGAGUCCCAUCGUGUCUCCAUCUCGGAUACUGAAGACUGUGUGCAGUUGAACCAAUACAAGUUGAAAACCGAAAUAGGAAAGGGUUCCUAUGGAGUUGUGAAGCUAGCCUACAAUGAAAGCGAUGACCAGUAUUACGCCAUGAAAGUCCUCUCUAAAAAGAAGCUGUUGAAACAGUAUGGCUUUCCACGCCGGCCACCACCGAGAGGUUCCAAAGCAGCCGCUGGCGGACAGCCCAAGCCAAUGGCGCCGCUGGACCGAAUUUAUCAGGAAAUCGCCAUCUUGAAGAAACUGGAUCAUAUCAACAUCGUCAAACUGAUUGAGGUACUGGAUGACCCUGCAGAAGACAAUCUGUACAUGGUGUUUGAUCUCCUCCGAAAGGGGCCGGUCAUGGAAGUGCCGUGUGACACGCCGUUCACCGAAGAGCAAGCCCGGCUCUACCUCAGGGACAUUGUCUUGGGCAUUGAAUACCUGCACUACCAGAAGAUCAUCCACCGAGAUAUCAAGCCUUCCAACUUGCUCCUGGGCGAUGAUGGGCAUGUCAAGAUCGCCGAUUUCGGAGUUAGCAAUCAGUUUGAGGGCAACGACGCUCAGCUUUCCAGCACUGCAGGGACGCCAGCCUUCAUGGCCCCUGAAGCUAUUUCGGAGUCCGGAAAGAGCUUCAGUGGGAAAGCACUGGAUGUCUGGGCCAUGGGGAUCACUCUCUUUUGCUUUGUAUAUGGGAAGUGUCCGUUCAUUGACGAAUUCAUUCUGGCCCUUCACAACAAGAUCAAGAACAAGCCCUUGGAAUUUCCAGGAGAGCCCUGGGUCAGCGAGGACCUCAAAGAUCUGAUUCUGAAGAUGCUGCAAAAAUCACCCGAAUCCAGGAUCACUGUUCCUGAAAUUAAGUUGCAUCCUUGGGUGACCAAGUUUGGUGAGGAUCCACUUCCUCUGGAGGAGGAGCAUUGCACCAUCGUGGAAGUAACUGAAGAGGAAGUGAAGAACUCCGUCAAGACCAUCCCAAGCUUACCUGCUGUGAUUUUAGUGAAAGCCAUGCUGAGGAAACGGUCGUUUGGAAACCCAUUCGAGGCCCAGGCGAGACGAGAGGAGCGGUCCAUGUCUGCCCCCGGAGAUUUAUUGAUAAAGCAAGGCAGCCGGGAAGGGAUUAAAGACCCGGACCUUCCCGAUGUUGAUGAAGACGAGACCACUUCCUGAAGGCCCCGGGCAAUGGCAUGUCACGGACCCCAUCAUUCAACCGCUGCUGCUGCUGCUGCUGUAGCCAUUACGAGCGGUGGUGUCAUCUUGCGCACCGUGAUGUUCUCAUCAACCAAAGUUCGUGACUUGCAAAAAAAAAUCGAGAUACAUACAUACUCACGUACAUACAUGACCAAGGUGAUAAAGCGGCGAAACCCCAGCUGGUGGAGGAAGACGGAGCGGUUGAUUCUUCUGCAACCGGCUGUCCGCAUGCGUUCACGUCGUCAGACAUUGUGGUGUUGUGUACUUGACCUGUGCCUCACCUCCCGGUUGCGCCUCAUAGCGUGGUCUGUGGCCGGCGCCCGCUGGUAAUUUGACUAACG